ACACUGGGUUCUCACGGAAUCCCUUUACGCACAGAGCUCGCCAGGAUUUUUCCCAACGCCAAUCCACUCUUCCCCUCCUUUCUUUUUUUGCUCUCUCUCCACUCCCCUCCUGUGCUGUCCCCACCCCAGAUUCCCGUGCAAUUUUCCCCAAUCCCAAACACUUAAUUGAGCAAUUGGGAUUCCUCACGUGUGGGCUGAUUUGUAGUUUGAACACGUGGCUCAUUCAAAAAAGCCGGAAUAGCAGCGGAUUUUUUUCUCGCUCUCUCUCUCUCUCUCUCUCUCUCCCUCCCUCUCUCUCUCUCUCUCCCCCCUUCUCCUGCUGCUUCUUCUUCUUCUUCUUAUUCCAGGCUCUGGACUCAGAGGCGGGCACCAGCCUUACCGUGUGUGUGACAUUCUCUGUCUCUUUGCCAAAAAAAAAGAAAGAAGGGGUUUUGGAGGAAGACGCGCAAAGUAGUUUCCCCUCCUUUAUUUUUCCCUACCCAGCCCGCCGCCGUUUGGAGAUUAAUAAUUGAGCGUUUUAUUUAUUUGCGCGAUAGAUAGCGGACGAGAGGGGCGAAGGGAGCGCACCACGCACUGUGUGAGGCUGCCAGUUUAAAUCUAUCUGUGGCUUGAACGGACCGGGAAGCACGCCACGGCCACUCCGUAGUAGUAAAGGCGAUUUAAGGGCUACUCCAAAACAGUGCACGUCCGCGAGCGACGAGCGAACAACUACUAUCUCUCCCUCGGCGUAAAAAAGGAAAAAAGACUGCCCUCCCCGACGCAGAACAUGAAUAAGCUAUACAUUGGCAACGUGAGCGCAGAAGCGACCGAGGAGGACUUGGAAAGUAUCUUCGAGCAGUGGAAGAUUCCGCACAGUGGUCCGUUUCUUGUCAAAACUGGCUAUGCGUUUGUGGAUUGCCCGGACGAGAAGGCUGCAAUGAAGGCCAUCGAUGUUCUUUCAGGUAAAGUUGAACUUCAUGGGAAACUUCUGGAAGUUGAACACUCGGUCCCUAAACGUCAAAGGAGCUGUAAACUGCAGAUCAGGAACAUCCCGCCUCACAUGCAGUGGGAGGUUUUGGAUGGUAUGCUUGCUCAGUAUGGUGCAGUCGACAGCUGUGAACAAGUCAACACUGACACAGAGACGGCAGUCGUCAAUGUUCGAUACGCAGCCAAGGACCAGGCCAGGCUGGCGAUGGAGAAGCUGAAUGGCUCUAUGAUGGAGAACUAUGCCUUGAAAGUGUCCUAUAUCCCAGAUGAGACGGCGGCACAGGAGGGUCCUUCACCGGGGGGCAGGAGAGGCUUUAACUCACGGGGACCCCCUCGCUCGGGCUCUCCAGGUCUGGGCGCGCGGCCCAAAGUGCAGUCAGACAUCCCACUGCGCAUGCUGGUUCCAACGCAGUUUGUAGGCGCGAUCAUCGGCAAGGAGGGUGCCACUAUUCGCAACAUCACCAAACAGACCCACUCAAAGAUUGACAUCCACAGGAAAGAGAAUGCAGGCGCGGCAGAGAAGCCCAUCACGAUCCACUCCACCCCUGAGGGAUGUUCGAACGCCUGCAGAACCAUCAUGGAAAUCAUGCAGAAGGAAGCCAUCGACACAAAAUUCACUGAGGAGAUUCCACUGAAGAUCCUUGCACACAACAACUUUGUAGGAAGACUAAUCGGGAAGGAAGGACGCAACUUGAAAAAAAUCGAGCAGGACACAGAGACCAAGAUCACAAUCUCACCUCUCCAGGACCUGACCCUGUACAACCCAGAGCGGACCAUCACAGUCAAGGGCACCAUAGAAGCAUGUUCAAGAGCUGAAGAGGAGGUGAUGAAGAAGGUCGGGGAAUCCUACGACAGCGACAUGGCUGCUAUGAACCUCCAGUCCAACCUGAUUCCAGGCUUGAAUCUGAAUGCUUUGGGUCUGUUCCCCAGCGGAGCACCAGGCAUGGGUUCCAACAUGACCAGUGUCCCACCCCCUGGAGCCCACGGUGGAUCAUCAUUUGGAUGCAGUCCUUAUGGUGGCGAGGGGCCGUUUUGGGCUUCUAUGCCGCCGGCGAGCAGCCAGCCCCUUGCUCAGGGACACCCAGAGUCUGAGACGGUUCACCUGUUCAUCCCUGCGCUUGCAGUGGGAGCCAUCAUCGGAAAACAGGGCCAACACAUCAAACAGCUGUCACACUUUGCCGGGGCCUCAAUUAAGAUUGCCCCUGCCGAAGGAAUGGAUGCCAAACUGAGGAUGGUAAUCAUCAUCGGACCGCCAGAGGCUCAGUUUAAGGCUCAGUGUCGCAUCUUUGGCAAACUGAAGGAAGAGAAUUUCUUUGGACCUAAGGAGGAGGUGAAGCUGGAGGCUCACAUCAAGGUUCCCUCCUUUGCUGCUGGACGAGUCAUCGGGAAAGGCGGAAAAACUGUGAAUGACCUGCAGAACCUGACGUGUGCAGAGGUGGUGGUGCCCAGGGACCAGGCGCCUGACGAGAACGACCAGGUCAUAGUGAAGAUUAGCGGACACUUCUUUGCGUGCCAGCUGGCCCAGAGGAAGAUUCAGGAGAUUCUCACCCAGGUGAGGAGGCAGCAGCAGCCCAAGCCCGCGCCCGGAGCCCAGCCUCCACCGUCCCGCAGGAAGUGAAGGUCCAGCGGAGCUGGAGGAAUGGUGACUGAAUCUGCCAGAAGACUCGACAGAUGGACAGAUGCAGCAGAGUCCAGGAGGAGAAGACAAGGAGUCGUCUUUGCUCAUCUCAGGGGUUCGAAGGUUAUCACCAACUGAAACAUCCACCCCUACUUGUCUUUUACUUGACGUACUUUCGAGUGUGGCUCAUAAAGAGACUGUGCGCCUCUUUGCCUCCACCCCACCUCGGCUCUCUGCAUCUCUGUGAGAAUGUACUUCUGAGGGCUCCCAACGUCGUCACCUGCCCUCACGUGUACGCACCCCUGACCGCUCUCCUCCUCCCCCCACGGGUGUUUAAAAACAAAAAGAAAAAACAAACAAAAAAAUUAUCUUUUUUUUAAAUUUUACACUAGAAACACAAAGAUGAAAUAAGGAUCCCCCUCCUAUCACCUCCUUGGUGUGGUACUUCAAACCUGACAAGAUGUUUUGGUUGACUUCAGAUUUAGUUGACACUUUUUUUUUGAUAGCGUUUAAUUGGUUGAUGAAGCUUUCUCAUGAGUUUUCUGUGGAAAGGAAAAGGCAUUGCUAUCAAGGUCCCGGUCGGACCAACAGAGAGGUUUAUUUGGGGGGAGGGUUGGCUCAGAUGGGGUGGGCCAUGUUUAGGGGAAAGAUUCUUGUUUCAGGACAGGACCCCUGAAAGGGUGGAUUAUAUUGGGGCGUCCUGCCCUUGUAAUGAUAGUGGCAUUUUAUAAAUUCGGAUGCAUUUUAUAGAUAGACCUAUAUACAUAGAUGAAUAUAUAUUUAGAGGUGAGGGCAGCACCACGACUGACACUUAGGGAAACGGUGCCGAACUGCUGCUGCCCAGGAAAACCAAUUUAAUAUGCAUUUUACUUAACUACCUCAGGAUCUAGUACCUCAGAAGAGAAAAAAUGAUUAUAUAUAUAUGAAAAAUGUUCCUUUCUUUUUUUUAUUUUGCUUUUGUGGUAUUUUGUAUACUUUAUAAAGCUGAUAGUCUUUGAACAUUUUUAUUUUUUUAAGAAAAUUUAAAAUUUGGUCAGCUGCCAACUGACCUUGCUUUCAACUCUGGUGCUUUAGGUGGCAUUGUACAUGUGUAUGUGUGACUUAAGAUGACCCUGUACAUAAAGUCUAUUUGUACAUAGCAGCGCUGGAGCAAGAGUUGGCGCCCCCUCAGCUGGCGGCUGACAGGAGUAUCGAGAGAAAAUCGCCUCAGUUUUUCCCCUGAGGGUCCACCAUCUUCUGAAGAAACUACAAAACAACUGAUACGUGCAAAUGAAUGCCAACCGUAAAUAAUCGCAGCAAUGCCAUUUAGUUUUUUGGGAUUGUCUUUGUUAUUGGUAACGGUACUUUAAUUUGUCAAAGAAUUUCCUUUUCGCCUUCCUGCGAGGGCUGUGGACUCGACAGGGUCGGACUGCCAUGGUCCACUCUGUAGCGGCCCCAGAAUCAGCCGAGUGUCUCCGUCAUCUGUUCCGUUCAGGCCGACCGCCGCCUUCUCGACAGUAACGUCUUAAAGCAAAGUCCAAGCCCGACUAGGUUUAUUUUCAUAGAGCAAGCUUUGUCAGUUCGGAGUGGCCCUUGUAGCCAGGCCAUCGAGUCAAUGUUAACGUCGUUCACUGCAUGGUGAGGGUAGGGGGAGUCACACUGAUAGACGCAAUCUUUUUUUUUUUUUUUUUCGUUUUUGCGCUUUAGGAAAAUAAAUGAUUUAAAACUGACAUUUCUCUGUAACCCACAAAUGUAACGUGAUGUUUUCGGUUUGUUGUUCACGCAGGGAGAAAGAAGCCGCAAAGGGCACACAACUGAAAAAAUACUGAGUGAACCCUGACCAGGGGUAAGAAUAGAGGAAAGGAAUCCAAAACGAUUUAUUUCAUUUGUCUCUUCAUGCCGAAUGUAAAUAUAUUGAUUGUGGUUUAAAAAAAAAAAAAAAAAAAGUGCUUGAGUGUAUCCAUGCUUCCACAGUAGAACGCCGUCUACCUCAGCUGAGGGGGUGGGGGGGUUUGUUGUGGCACUAGGCGCCCCACCCUGCCCCCACUGAGCGCCAGCGCGCACUGAUACCUCAGUCCUCUCCCACCCCCCCACCCCCCGAACACUUCCUUUUGACAUGGGCGCGCCAUCCUAACACCGCGCUUUAACUGAGGGGCACAAGUGAUACUUAAAAAUAAUCCCCUGAUCACCUCCCGACUCCCCGCCUCCUUCCUGCCAAACCCCCCUUCCUCCUCCUCUGCAGUUUGUUUUUGAUCUACCUCUUUAGACACAUAUUUGAAGUAGAGGCAUUCUUCUAUUUGUUAGGAUUUAGCGCCCACUCCUCUUUUACGCCUCCCCAUGCUUCCCCAGAUAUGAACUAAAACUUAUACUGAAAUCAUGUACUCCCUCUUUAGAAUUGAGAGAAUGAUUGAAAGUGAUCAAAAAAUAUUUUCUUUUUGCCAGUUUUUAUAUAUACUCUAUACUUUUUUUUUUGUCGCUUAAUUGAACUCCUCAAAUGAUUAUUUCUUUCUGCUUUCUAUUUUUGGUGGUGUGGCUUACAUGCAUUUGAACUUUUGCUUGGGUUAAUUAUUUUUUUCUUUUGUGAAAAAGGUCAAAUCACGUGUUUGAUUUUGCAUUCAAUAGCUAAAAAUGAGAAAAUAACAAUUGUUUUUUCUUCAAAAAAGGGCCUGCCUUUUUGUUUCUGAUUUGUAAGACUUCAAAAAUAGAUACAAGUCCUGUCUUUAUUUUCUCCCUUAUGUCUUUCACAGUUGCUACGCUCACUCGUUGAAUUGGUAGCUAUUUUUCUUCUGUUAGCAUUUCUUGGCUGUGUUAUGUGAAACAUCCUCUUUGGUAUGGGACAGAUUUGAGGGACUGGGUCUCAGAGUUUUUUUUUUUUUUUGAGAAAGUUGAUGGAACUUCAGCAUGAUAUUUCCCUCCUCCCCCUCUCUGCAACCAUGCUUGUGCCCCUUCACCUCUCCCUCACACACAGCUCCACUUGUCAAAUGCCUCUGAAUAAAUAAAAAAAAAAAGAAAAUUAAA